GCAACAUGUGUUGGAUAAUUCUGGAAGAAGCUCCAACAAUUCCCUUCUAGUCAGUCCGACGACAAGCACUCGGAGCUCGGCCUAGACCCGCCGCCUGAAACCCGCACCUACCGCAGCUCAGCCCUAUUGUUCACACAGCUGGCCAACAGUAACCCUAGCCAGGGACUCUUUAUUCAUACCACAGCUUUUAUUAAUAAACUCAGCUAGCCUGCUGCUAGUUAGCCCGCUGUUAGCUUUCUCUUAGCCUUCUCGCUGUUAGCCGAUUUGUCAAAAUGUUGGGUGUCGCCAGAAGCUUUUCCAGAACUCUAACGCCGACACGGACCUGUGUCACCAGGAACGUGUCCUCCAUGCUGAAGAAGGCAUGCUGGAGCGACGGCUUCCAGCCAGAUGCUCUCAGAGCUCUGUCCAGGAGGGAGUAUGCGUCGGAGGCCAUCAAGGGCUCAGUCAUUGGGAUCGACCUGGGAACCACCAACUCGUGUGUCGCAGUCAUGGAGGGGAAACAGGCCAAGGUGUUGGAGAAUGCAGAGGGAGCCAGGACGACUCCUUCAGUCAUCGCCUUCACAGCAGAUGGGGAGCGUCUGGUGGGCAUGCCCGCCAAACGCCAGUCUGUCACCAACCCUCAGAACACACUGUUUGCCACGAAGAGGCUGAUCGGACGCCGCUUUGACGACCCCGAGGUCCAGAAAGACCUGAAGAACGUCCCCUUCAAGAUUGUGCGUGCAUCUAACGGAGAUGCUUGGGUGGAGGCUCAUGGGAAAAUGUACUCCCCCAGCCAGGCUGGAGCCUUCGUCCUGAUGAAGAUGAAGGAGACUGCAGAGAACUAUCUGGGAACCAAAGUGAAGAACGCUGUGGUCACUGUACCAGCCUACUUCAACGACUCUCAGAGACAGGCUACCAAAGAUGCUGGUCAGAUCGCUGGUCUGAACGUCCUGCGUGUGAUCAAUGAGCCAACAGCAGCUGCGCUGGCCUACGGCCUGGAAAAAACCCAGGACAAAAUUAUUGCUGUGUAUGAUCUGGGUGGAGGUACAUUUGAUAUCUCAGUCCUGGAGAUCCAGAAGGGAGUGUUUGAGGUGAAGUCCACCAACGGUGACACCUUCCUGGGGGGAGAGGACUUUGACCAUCACCUCCUCCAACACAUUGUUAAGGAGUUCAAGAGAGAGUCUGGCGUGGAUCUGUUGAAAGACAACAUGGCUCUUCAGAGAGUCCGAGAAGCGGCUGAGAAGGCCAAGUGUGAGCUGUCCUCUUCACUGCAGACUGACAUCAACCUUCCCUACCUGACCAUGGACGCCUCUGGCCCCAAACACCUCAACAUGAAGCUGACCCGUUCUCAGUUUGAAGGCAUCGUGGCUGAUCUGAUCCGGCGCACCGUGGCUCCCUGUCAGAAGGCCUUGCAGGACGCUGAGGUGUCCAAGGGAGACAUCGGAGAGGUGCUGCUGGUCGGAGGCAUGAGCCGUAUGCCCAAGGUUCAACAAACGGUUCAGGACCUGUUCGGCCGCGCUCCCAGCAAGUCCGUCAACCCUGACGAGGCCGUCGCCAUAGGUGCAGCCAUCCAGGGUGGAGUUUUGGCCGGUGAUGUCACCGAUGUGCUGCUGUUGGAUGUCACACCCCUGUCUCUGGGUAUCGAGACCUUGGGCGGAGUCUUCACCAAACUCAUCAACAGGAACACCACCAUCCCCACCAAGAAGAGCCAGGUGUUCUCCACGGCGGCGGACGGACAGACGCAGGUGGAGAUCAAGGUGUGUCAGGGAGAGAGGGAGAUGGCAGCAGACAACAAGGUGCUGGGUCAGUUCACUCUGGUGGGAAUCCCCCCUGCCCCCCGCGGCGUCCCUCAGGUUGAGGUCACCUUUGACAUUGACGCCAACGGCAUCGUCCACGUCUCGGCCAAGGACAAGGGGACGGGCCGAGAGCAGCAGAUUGUGAUCCAGUCAUCAGGAGGGCUCAGCAAAGACGACAUCGAGAACAUGAUCAAGAAUGCUGAGAAGUACGCAGAGGAGGACCGGAGGAGAAAGGACCGCGUGGAGGCCGUCAACAUGGCCGAAGGCAUCGUCCAUGACACCGAAUCCAAGAUGGAGGAGUUCAAGGACCAGCUUCCUGCCGAUGAGUGCACCAAGCUCAAGGAGGAGAUCUCAAAGGUCAGGGAUCUUCUGGCCAACAAGGACUCCGAAACGGGAGAGAACAUCAAGCAGGCGGCCACCAGCCUGCAGCAGGCCUCACUCAAACUCUUCGAAAUGGCCUACAAGAAGAUGGCAGCAGAGCGGGACGGCAGCGGCGGCGGAUCGAGCUCAUCAGAUGGUGAGAAGAAAGAAGGCCAGCAGUAGAGCUUUGCACCAGAGUCACUGGGUUUCCAUGACAACAGAGGGCCGUCUGGACUGGCUGAAUCUCAGUCAUUCUCACUAUAAUAUAUUAUUCUACUGUGUUUUGGCAGUAAAUCCUCUAGAGAAAAGAUAAAUGUCCAUGUCCUAUGAUAUAUCCUGUAUGUAAUUUAAAUGUCAUGUAUCUUUAUUUUUACAAAGCUGUAAGGUAGUAAAGUUUUUUUUUUUUUGUCUAUAACAUGAUGUAGGUUUCAUCACCUACUCCAUCUACGCAAUGGAAUCGAUCUUAGCUAUCUUGUUCGUAUCUUGGCGGUGGGACAUUUCAGAAUGAUGGUCUUUAAAUAUGUUGGACUUUUUAUGUCAGAGUCUUACCCAAGUUCAUUCUAGAGAAGCACUGCGCAACUGAAUAUUUAAUUUCUUCACCUUCACUCUUAGAAAUCUGUAACAAUGCAUCUGAAGCACUAUUUGUUCCUAUUACUUAUGUCCUCUGAGGUUUUUUAAACAGGCCAGAGUAGUACUGAGUAACGUGGGGGGAGACAGAGUAUAAAUACAGCUGUCUAUGUGAGGGUCAUAUUUGAUGUAAAAGAACGUAAGGACUUGAUUUGUGAGAUGGCCCAUCUUAAAGUUCUUUGCAUCCUCUUUUGCAGCAUUCAUCCUAAACAGCAGAGUUUGUAAAUUGUAAAUCACCUGUCGACUACAGUCAAAGUAGAAAUCUGUGAAUCUGGAUGUGGAAAUUGCGCAAUAGAGGAUGAGACCUCAUUUGAGAGCGAUAGCAGGACCAGGACUGAUAGUUGACUAUGAGCCAAGCUGUGUCAUUUCUCACAAGCUGCCAUAAAUUGCUCUCUAUGAUGUGACCUUUGCUACAUGCCUGCCAUAUAGUGAUCCAGGCCUGCUCUUUAUGUGACUGGAGAACUGAGGCCGCGUUUUGAAGUGAAAUUGGGGGGGGGGGGGGUUGUUGAGAUACCUUGCUGUUUUUCUAAUAAAAAUCUGAAAUGUGACAUUG